GUAAAAAUGAAGUUCGAAAAAAAAUAAUUUGGAAUCAUAUUCUUAGUCCUUUUAUUAAUUAAAAUAAGGAAAAAAUAUGGAAUCUACUAACUCAUACAAACAGGAUUGGGACGUGGAGAAGGGUUUGCCUAGAGGAGAAGCUGUCGAUCCGAACGGCGAAGGCUCGAACGGCAACACCGAUCGUUGCGACAGCAGCGGUUCACGGGAAACCACGACGCCAGAGGUCGACGACGUUCAGCAACGACUCGGCGGCGGCGGUAACAGUACCAAAAGUAGCGGUGGUGGCAGCGGCGGCGGCGGCGGCGGUGGCGACGGCAAAACGAUAGAGGACGACCGCCGCGUGUGCCUGGCCCGCCGAGUGGUGUGUACCGCAGUGAAAGUGUUCGGUGUCGCGACGUUGUUCACUGCCAUCAGUGCGUUCAUAUGGUACACGAUGGGCUUACCGUUCCUGUUGCAAGUCGUCGCGGUCGUGUCGAUCGCCUACAUCGCCAGCGGCGGAUAUAAAUUCAUCUACCUGGUGUACCGCACGGCUCCCAGAGACCUCAAAGCAUUGUUUCGUUAUUUUUACUUUUUAUACACGGCUAAAAAAUUGGGUAGGAAAAAUUGGACCGUUGCAGAUGUGUUCAAAAACACAGUUGUAAAGAAUACUCCACACAAAGUGCUGUUCAUAUACGAGGAUAAAGAAUGGACUGCGUUACAGGUCGAAGAAUACAGCAACAAGGUGGCUUAUUCCAUGUACGAGCACGGUUUCAGAAAAGGCGACGUGGUCGGACUUCUAAUGGAAAACCGACCAGAGUUCGUGGCAAUUUGGCUGGGUUUGUCCAAAGUAGGCAUCGUUACCGCACUGAUCAACUAUAACCUGAAGCAGAAGUCACUAGUUCAUUCUAUAAAUGUGGCUCAUUGUUGUUGUCUGAUCUAUGGAUGUGAAUUGUCAUCGGAGAUCGAAGGGAUUCAAUCUCAACUGACACAAGACAUCAAACUGUUCAAGUGGUCGAGCACACCUACGCCCACCAGAGACGGCUCUUAUUUAAACAACUUAAUUGAUAUAUCGCCAGCGUCCCUGCCCAGAAUGUCAGAAAAACCCGGUUACAAUGACAAACUGAUGUACAUUUACACAUCCGGCACCACAGGCUUACCGAAAGCCGCCAUCAUCACCAACGUCAGAUACAUUUUCAUUGCUGGUGCUUUUGCGUAUCAGGUGGGUCUCAAAUAUUCUGAUCGGUUUUACACACCACUGCCGCUUUAUCACACCGCUGCCGGUAUUAUGUGCAUUGGUCAAUCGCUGUUAUACGGAUGUUCCACAGUCAUACGUAAAAAGUUUUCUGCUUCCGGAUAUUUCCAAGAUAUUUCCAAGCACAAUUGCACCGCAGCUCAAUACAUUGGUGAAAUGUGUCGGUACAUACUAGCUACCCCGCCCAAAGCCGAAGACACAAAUCACAAGUUGAGGAUCAUAUUCGGCAAUGGUUUGAAAGCUCAGAUAUGGAAGGAUUUCAUAACCAGAUUCAAUGUACCACGAGUCGCUGAGUUCUACGGCUCGACGGAAGGAAACGCCAACAUCGCCAACACAGACAACACAUUCGGAGCCAUCGGGUUCGUGUCCAGGCUGGUGCCCAGUAUAUAUCCGAUAUCGAUUAUACGCGUCGAUCCGGAGACCUGCGAACCGAUUCGGGGUGCUAACGGACUUUGUAUGCGAUGCAACCCAGGUGAACCGGGAGUGAUAGUGGGCAAGAUCAUUUCGACCAACCCAUCCAGACAGUACCUGGGAUACGUCAAUAGCACGGAUACAGAGAAGAAAAUCGUGCACGACGUGUUUGAAAAAGGCGACGCCGCCUUUUUGUCCGGCGACUUGCUGGUAUCCGACGAAUGGGGCUACCUGUACUUUAAGGAUAGAACUGGAGACACGUUUAGAUGGAAAGGAGAAAACGUUUCUACAGCUGAAGUCGAAGGCGUUGUUAGUAAUAUCGCUGGUUAUCGCGAUUGUGUUGUUUACGGAGUAGAGGUUCCUAAUUCUGAGGGUCGUGCUGGAAUGGCAGCUAUUGCGGAUAAAGACAAUACUUUAGAUAUAGCUGCUGUAUCAGAAGGCUUACAGAAAGCUUUGCCAAACUACGCUCGACCGUUGUUCAUUAGGAAAAUCAGUGAAGUAGAAAUGACCGGAACAUAUAAAUUGAAAAAAUUAGACUUACAAAAAGAAGGAUUUGAUGUUAGAUUGAUUAAAGAUCAAUUAUAUUUCUGUAACAACAAAGGCGUUUACGAAAACUUAACUCUUGAAGCAUAUAACGAUAUUCUUGCCGGAAAAAUUAGAUUGUAAAAUAAUAAAAAAAAAAAUUUUAUAUAAUUAUGAGAUUUUAAAAUUUUUUUUUUUAAUGUUAUCUUGCCAGUAAACCUUAUGUUAUACAUAAUACCUUAUGCAAUUGUUAAUGACAUACUCUGCAUGCGUUUAACUUAAAUAGUUUUGUGUUUCAGUUUGCUCAAAAUGUAGUUACUUAAAGUAAAUUUUAAGUUUGUAAUAUUUUAUUAUUAUUUCUUGGUUUAACUAUUGAUUAUUUUUAAAUAUUGAGUAUAUUUUGUGUAUUAAUUAUUAUUAUUUUUAUAUUAUUUUUAUAUAAUUGUAUGUAAUAGUUAGGGUUCGGGACUUAUUGCACACAAAUUGUAAGAAAUAUGCAUGCAAAUAUGCACUUAAAAUAAACGAAAUAUACAACUCAAUUUUUUUACAAUAGCAAUAAUAGCAAU